GACAUACACGUACUUACUAGGCAAAUGUUACAAGGAUCCGGUAAAAAGUAAGGUAGCGUAGAAGCACGUACGCAGUGUUUCCUUGUGAUUGAUUGGAUUGGAAGUGGAAGAUACUGAUACACCUGCUUUGAUGAGUUCGUUGCAGUCGCAGGCACUUUCAGUUGAGAAUUUCAAAGAUGUAUUAGAUUCUGUCGAAGCUUUUCUCUUCGAUUGCGAUGGUGUGAUUUGGAAGGGUGAUCAACUUAUUGAUGCCGCUUCUCAAACUCUUGACAUGCUUCGCCACAAGGGGAAGAAGUUAGUGUUUGUCACUAAUAAUUCUUGGAAGUCUAGGAGUCAAUACGCUGAGAAGUUCAAAUCCUUAGGAAUUUCUGUUUCCCCGGAUGAGAUAUUCUCCUCGUCAUUUGCAGCUGCUAUGUACUUGAAGGUCAACAAUUUCCCUACCCAAAACAAGGUUUAUGUGAUUGGUGGGGACGGUAUAUUGGAUGAGUUGCAGCUUGCGGGUUUCACAGCUUUUGGUGGUCCUGGAGAUGCGGAUAAAACAAUAGACUGGAAGCAGAACGGCUUUUUUGAACAUGAUAAGAGUGUUGGAGCUGUAGUGGUUGGUAUAGAUCCAAAAAUUAACUAUUACAAGCUGCAGUAUGGAACCCUUUGCAUACGCGAAAACCCAGGAUGCCUUUUCAUUGCAACCAACCGUGAUGCAGUUGGGCAUAUGACUCCUUCCCAAGAAUGGCCUGGAGCCGGGUGUAUGGUUGCAGCCAUGUGUGGAUCAACCCAGAAGGAACCUGUUGUAGUGGGGAAACCAUCAACCUUUAUGAUGGACUUUUUACUUGAGAAGUUCAAUCUAAGUUGCUCCAAGAUGUGUAUGGUGGGUGAUAGACUAGAUACUGAUAUAUUGUUCGGACAAAAUGCUGGCUGCAAAACUCUUCUAGUACUUUCAGGUUGCACAACUCAAUCAGAUCUUCAAGACCCUUCAAAUAAUAUUCAGCCAGAUUUUUAUGCAAGCAAAAUUUCUGAUAUGCUUGAUUUAUUGGGUGCAUAAAUUGCUUUUCCCCAAUUUAGACAUUCCUUUCAGCUCAUUGAAACUAUAGAAUAAUGCCUCCCACAUUGAUACAAUUUAUUCUAGUGGUUGGCACCUUGGUAUAUGCCUUUGUAGGGGUGUGCAUAGUUCAUAACCAAACCAAACUGGAACCAUAUUUAUGAAAUCAUGUUUUAAGCAAUACUGUUACCAUA